AUGCCUGCCUCAAGCUGCACACCCCGCUGCCCACAGCAAAUACCAACAGCCCUACAACAGCCCAAAAAGGCGGGAAGGCGAUGGAGAACCAAACUGCCAUCUUACAGGCAUAGAAUGGUGAAACUGAAAAUGCCGCCGAAAACAAGAGCUGCUACACCAAGAACACCCUCCAUCCUGAGAACAGCCAUACCCCGGCUCAAAGACCCACCUCAACAACUCCCAUCAUGCCCAGAGAUCCAACGCAUCGAAACAACACCGCAUGGGAACCCAUGGCGGGCCGCUGCACGGCCCCAACGAGGAAUCGGAUGA